AUAUACAUAUUUAUUAUUUACUUACGGCCCCCCAAAAAACCACUAAUUUAUUUGGCAAAUUCAAGGCUCUCGAUCACCAUCCAUUGCCAGAGCAUCGACACUUCUCUUGUGGGCAAGAUUUAGCUUCUGAAUGUUGGCGGCCUAAUCCACGAUGGAUCUGCAAGAGAAGAUCAAAAGCAGUUCAAGUUCGAGUUCGACUACUGGAGUGAAGAAAAGCUGCACCGAUUGUCACACGACGACAACGCCUCUCUGGCGAGUCGGCCCUGCCGGGCCAAAGUCUUUGUGUAACGCUUGCGGGAUCAAAUACAACAAGCGGAGGAGGGCGCUCCUGGGUUUGGACGGGGGGAGAGCGGAGAAGACGAAGAAGACGGGGAAGAACAAGGGGAAGAGUAAGGAGGGGCAGCCACUGAAGCUGAGAUUGAUGAAAGAGAUGGUGUUGCAGAGAUCGGAAAAGCCGAGGAACAAGCUGGGUGAGGUAGAGAAGGCGGCUUUACUGUUGAUGGCUCUCUCCUGUGGAUCAUCUGUAUAUGCUUAGUGAGCAAAAAGGGCUUUGAAAUUGCAAUAAGCCCUAAUUAACCCACUAACUUUCCGAAUUUGUCUAUCUUCAAUUGUAAACCCCCUUUCUGUUGUUAGCCUAGUAGUUGAAUUUUGCUGUUAUUUUGGGCCAACACUGGGAGAUCAUGAAUUGUUGAAGCAUUAGGAAGUCAUUGUAAAACGCUGUAACGGAGAUGCCGCUACUUCUUCUGUCUAUCAUAUCAUCACUGUAUUCCGUCCUUUAUUCAAUCGUAUUAUUUUUAUUUCUUAAAUUCA